GGUGGGUGCAACAUGUCAUCAAUUAUAAGUCUUAAUGAUGUUAUUACAGGUGCUUUGCAACACAUACUGGAAGCUAAGUUUCCAAGAUGUGAAUAUAGAUACAAUAUCAAGAAGGCAUCUGCAAAAGGUGAUAAUUACAUAGGUGAAGUUUUUCGUAUAUUUGUUGAGGUAAAUGCAAAUCGGGACAAACAAUUUAAGCUCAUAUUAAAAUUACCACCACAAAAUCUUAUACGACGUAAACAAUUUUUUGCUCGACCAUGUUUCUUAAGAGAGUCUCUGGCUUAUGAAGAGUUCUUGCCAAUAGUAAAUACAUUUCAAAUCACCAAAGGAAUAUUGCCAAUAAAUCCGCAAUCAUUUCAUGAAUAUGCAGAAUGUUAUUACACGUUAACGGAUGAAAUGAAUGAAGCUAUAUUUAUGGAAGAUUUAUGCGACAAAAACUUUGAUAUAUUUAACAGAUUCGAGCAAUUAACAAUGGAACAUGUUACACUAGUCUUGCGUAUAUAUGCUAAACUACAUGCGGUCUCAUUUGCUAUAAAAGAUCAAAAACCUGAACUUUUUGAAAAGUUUCGAGAUAUUAAAGAUAUAUUCCAACAGCGUAAAGAUGAUUCCCAGUUGGCAGUUUAUUUCGAAGAACUCAAAAAAAGCACACUAGCAUGCGUAUAUGAAAACGAUAAAUCUCAUUGGAAUAAAUUGCAUGAAUAUUUUGAAAAAAGUACUUUCUUUGAACUCAUUUUGCCACUUAUCGAUGGCAAAUUAAAUGAACCACAUGCAGUUAUUUGCCAUGGUGAUUGCUGGAACAACAACAUAAUGUUUAAACAUGAGAAUGAGAAGGUUACUGAAGCACGUUUGAUUGAUUGGCAAAUUAUGCGUUAUGCUUCUCCUAUUACCGAUUUGGCAUAUUUUAUAUUUAGUUGUACCACACAAGAAUUCCGCAUUAACAACUACGAAUUAAUGUUGGAUACUUAUUACAGGGAAUUUGAACAACACGUCAAGAGAUUGGGUUCUGAACCAAAAAAUUUAUUUUCACGAGACACCUUUAAUACAGAAUUAAAGAAAAAAGGUGCUAUUGGUUUGCUUUUGGCUAUGAUUGUUUUACCCAUUGCAACAACAAAAACGGAGAAUGCACCAAAUCUGGAAGAAUUGAGUGAAAAAAUUGAAGCUGGUGCAACUACAGAUUUAGUUGGUGCUGGAUUUUUAAGUGACAGUAAUGUCUACGACUACACAAAACGCAUGCGUGAAGUUGUUUUGGAUGUUAUUGAUUUGGGUUAUAUAUAACUAUAAGUAUGAAGCACACAUUUUUAUUAUAAAGUUUUUGAA